AUGCAAAGCUCUCCGACACAUCCUUCGUCUCCACAAAUCCCAACUACUAAGAAAUUCAGGACUAUCUUUAGUCUGGCUCCUUCAGGAUUCGGCCGGCCUAUCGAAUCCAACUACUAUCUCUUGGGGAGAAGGACGCCUAAGCUCUCUCAAUUGUCCUACUUUGACGACUUCGAUACCCAAUCCAUCAGAAAUAUGGCAAUCGAUUUACCCGUCGAAUAUCCGUCUCCAACGACCCCGCACCCUGCGCGCAUAUUAACCGACGAUGGCUCCUGGAUCGUCCGUGUCGCCGAAAAUGAUGCUUAUUCUUUCACCAUUUACGUGAAAACUCCUACUCAUCACCUUACUCUCACCCGCACCACGAAAGAGAUCAGUGAUCUCCACUCAAAACUACACGAAGCGUACCCAAGCAUGCCUUUGCCCCCUCUUCCUGAGGUCAUCCGCACUGCCUCAGAGAAGCGCCGGGGAUCGUUCCUCCAGACUUUGAGUCGGUUCGGGAGUCACAAGGAUAAGAACCAUGGGGGCACAGCCCGGUCAUCAGAUUCCACAGCUCAGAACCUGGGCCCAACUACCCCCACUAAAGAAGAACCCGACCCCUUGACUGACUUCAGCUCUGAUGGGAAUGUGGGCGCUCUCCCUGAAUACCUCACUACACUAGCGAACCAUCCGGCGUUCCGGACGUCGAGGCCGUGGAAACGGUUCGCGCGCGUGCGUGCUGAAGACCUUCAGAGUACACGUGUUGAACGCCAGAUCAAGCGAGUUAGGUCAGACCUCGCCGUACAUACCACGCGCCUCGACUCGAUACCGCAAUUGCCUCCACUCCUCGAUGAUAGCUUAAUGGAUCCAUUCCUUACACGAGAUGGAGAUCGCAUGAGCCUAUUGCCCACAACGCCGGUCGAGGAGACGAUUGCUGAAGUUGAUGAGGAAGUAACGCAUGCUACCACUUCCCCUGAGGAUCAAGAUGGUAUUACUGUCGGGGACCAGCUGCCUGAGCCGUUGCCAGAGGUGGCGCCCGAAGCCCUAGAGGCGAAAGAGCAGACAGGCGAAAUAACUAUGCACCCUGAUGCUGUUGGUGUCGAUGCCACUUCCGGUUCCCCUGCUACACCACCGGAAUCCCCAAAGGAACCUGUCGCAGUUCCCGUCGAAGCGGAAUUAACGCCAACUUUAGCUCAUCUAACCAUAGCUUCCCUUCCUUCGCCAACGGGAUAUCCUCAACCCUCGGGGCAUGCAAGAACAAUUCGCUCUGUUUCGGCGGACCCCACCCGUCGGCUCUCUGCUUCAGCUGGCAGCGACAAUGUCGGAGCUGCCGUUCGAGAUGGCACUCAUCCUAGUCGGUCGUGGAAGCCUUCUCAGCCAAAGCAGGUGAAUGGACUGGAUACUGAUGCCGAGGCUGCGUUCGAUACCGAUGUAGAACAUCCCACCGACACCGGCAUCGUCACGCCCAUCAAGCCACGCAAGAAGCGUGCCUCGAAAAAAAUCACGGUCAACGAUUUCGAGAUGAUGCGUGUGCUUGGAAAGGGUUGUGCGGGGAAGGUUCUCUUGGUCAAACAUAAAGCUUCUAGUUCUUUGUAUGCCCUGAAGGCCAUCACAAAACGACAUGUACUUGCUCAUCAAGAGCUUCAACACACACUGACCGAACAGGCUGUAUUGAAACGUAUGGCUCGCGAAGGUCAAGAUCCAUUCGUCGUCAAACUGUGGUGGAGUUUCCACGACAAGGAAAACCUUUUCCUCGUUAUGGAUUUCCACCCAGGUGGAGAUUUGGCCACUCAGCUCGCUCGCUGGGGUCGAUUAGGCCGUGAUCGGGCUCGCUUCUAUGCCGCCGAGAUUGUAGAAGGGGUGGAGGGUCUGCAUGCUGCCGGCGUGGUGUAUCGCGACUUGAAACCAGAAAAUAUUCUCAUCGGUUCCGACGGACACAUCGUCCUCACUGACUUCGGCCUUUCGAAGCAAUUUCCCUUACCACAUCUCAACCAAUCGGGAUCUUCGACAGACACGGAUGGCACUGUCUUGCCCAGAUGGAUGACGCCUGAUCAAAGUCCAAACAGCUGGCACCUCUCGAACAAGGAUUUCACGGGUACCUUCUGUGGCACUGCAGAGUAUCUUGCGCCUGAAGUCAUCCAGGGUCUACAGUACAGCUACGAAGUUGACUGGUGGUCAUUUGGUACGAUGCUCUACGAAAUGCUCAGCGGCAUCACACCAUUUUGGGCAAACAACCACUCAGAUAUGUAUGUUCGUGUCCUUCAGGAUGAGUUGCAGUUCCCAGAAGAUAAAGCCAUGGACCAAGAUACAAAGAGCCUUAUCCGCGGCCUUCUUCAACGGAGCCCGACAUUACGCAUUCGUGAACCCAGAAUAAAGAAGCAUCCGUAUUUCUCUAUGAUCGAUUGGUCCCACGUAUAUUACAAACGCUAUAUUCCGCCGUAUAUUCCCCCCAUCGACCCAUCCAAUGCCAGUGACACCCAGAACUUCGAUGAUGCCUUCCUUGAUAUGAGCCCUACUCUAGACGAUGAUCCAGAACCUGUGACCGAUUCCGAGCUGGAGAAAACGGAGGAUGAACCGCUAGAUGCGGAUGCUUCGUCCCCUGUGCAAACUCCUUCUGGAUCCCUUUCCAACCGGAAUGGGAAAGUCAAUGCUGCUGCACAGAAGGACGCAAACGAGGAAACUGUGGAUGUUUUUGAUGGAUACUCUUACAAAGCCCGACAGUCUGUCAUCCUUGAUGAUGACGAUGAGUAUGAGGAGCGUGUUGUGCGUGUGGAAGUCGAAGAAACCCCCGCUCUUCCAGAGGUUGAUACUGCGUCAGAAGUUACUCCCGACGACGCUUCCGAUAUCUCUAUCAAGGCUUCCGCUCAGCCUCGCCCACCCACUCCGGCUGUUGUUCAAGAAGAGCCUUCAGUUGAGUUGGGGCCGCCAGGAGAGCCAGAUCAUCCGCUUGCAGAACUUGUGUCAGCCGCCGCUGACUUGGAGGCGGCUCUUGGCACACCCUUACCGGCGUCGCCUGCCAAGAGCGUCCAUACGGAGCUUACAUCACCCGAGGAGCCUGCCUCCCAGGAGACCGUUGAUGAGACAAAGCCACCUAUUCGCGAUCUUGUAUACGAUCCUUCGCCUGCACCUAGCGUCAGGUUUGAACCCCCUGCCGCGGUUACUCCGUCUAAACCAUCCCGAUUUGCGCCAUUUAAGAGCUCUCGCAAGAAAAGACGUGAGAAGCCCGCUGUCUCAAAUUUCGAUGAAGGUCUUGCCGACGAAGAAACUGAUGUGCCACCACGAAACAAGGAUGAGGAUGAUGAUGAUUGGGACCUGGUGGAAGUUCCUGGUCAUGAAGAGACGAAUGGACCUUCUGGUCGUGGUCGUGGUCGUGGUCGUGGUACGAGUCUUUUCGCACGAGGAGUAGUUGAUAGAUACCGGCUGGCUGUUUUCAAAAAGUCCACCCCCACGCGAUCGAGAGUCAACCGGACUCCUCUUGACUCAGAACGGACACCAUUCACAACCCCAGACCCGGCAGCCUCUCCCACGCCGCCUGAAGUCAAGAAGCGAGGGAGAACACCUGGUCUCAACCUUCGGAAGAGUACCACCAAAUUCCUCCGUGCUAAAUCGCCGAUUGGUUCAUCUCCAACUCCAAGUGCAUCAUCCGUGCGCAGACUGCUCUCCUCCCCAUCAAGUUCAACUAAAGGAGCGACCGCUGCACCCGCUGGGUCUCUCACACCGUCCUCCCGCGGCACAAAACACUCUAUGACAGUCCCCAACGAGCCCUCUCUUAAGUCAAAAUCAUCCGCAUUAUCUCGAGAAUCGGUCGGGACGCCAGGCUCUUCGGGAACUUCUAUCAACGACGAAAAUUCGGGCACACCCCCUACCUUGGCGCAAUCUGGAUCUGAUAUUGCUGGAGGAUCUAAAGAUGGCACCCUCAGGGGAUCGAAAGCCCCAGAUGAGAGCGAUAAACCGCCGAAAAUUUUCAACAAGAAAAUGAAGGUUGGAGCCGAGAAAGUCAUGUCCCUGUUCGGGUCACCCAAAUCGUAG